AUGCUGUUUUCUUAAAAAAAGUCUGUUUUUUAACUUGUAAAGUUACUUCAUCAAUUUAAUGAAAAUAUAUCAAUUAUAGAGAAAAAUAAAAAGGAAAGGAAAUUAGAAAUUAUUUUAAUAGAGUUUAAGUAAGACUAUUAAAUAUGAUUAGAUAGUAAGAAAUAAUAAAGAAAAUGCUAUUAUUAACAGUUGCAUAAAUGAGAGAAUAGUAAAGGAAGUUAAAAUAUAUUGAGAAUAUGGAAUUAAAAGUUUUAUAAAAAAAUUAUAAUUAUUUAUUAAUGUCACAAGAGUCGUAAACAAGUUUGUUGGGAAAUUUAAGAAAAGUAAUUACAUUAGUUGAUUAAUUACGUGAUAUUGGAUUGAAUGAUUAUAUAAAAUUGCCUCGAAUAGUUGUUUUAGGUAUAUAAUCAGCAGGAAAAUCAUCAUUAUUGGAACAUAUUGUAGGAAUAGAUUUUUUACCAAGAGGAUCGGUAAAACUUAAAUAUGAUAAAUAGGGAGUUGUCACAAGAAGACCAUUGGAAUUACGUUUAUCUUACUGUCCUAAAAAUGUAUGUACAUAACCAACAGCAGAAUUUGUAGAAGAAAUGAAAGGAAAGAAAUUUACAAAUUUUGAUGAGGUAAGAAAGAAUAUAGAAUAAUUAACAGAUAAGGUAUGUGGAACAAGUAAAAAUAUUAUUGACAAACCAAUAAUAUUAGCAGUAACAGGGCCAAAUUGUCCAGAUUUAACUCUUGUUGGUAAAGAUAUAAGAAUAUAUGUAAAAUUAUAGACUUACCUGGGAUAACAAGAAUACCUAUAAUGGAUUAACCAAAAGAUAUUGAAUAAAUAACAACUAAUAUGGCUAAGAGAUAUUGUGAAGAUCCUUCAGCUAUUAUUUUGUGUGUUGUUGCAGCCAAUGCUGAUAUGACAACAUCAGAUGCAUUAUUAUUGGCUAAGAAAUUAGAUCCUGAUGGUAUUAGAACUGUUGGAGUUUUAACUAAAAUUGAUAUUAUGGAUUAGGGAACUAAUGCUAUCAAAAUGCUAAAAGGAGAAGAAGUACCUCUUAAAUAUGGAUAUGUUGGAGUUAAAUUGAGAUCGCAAUAAGAAAUUAAAGAUAAUAUUCCAAUUGUUUAAGCUGUCCAAAGAGAAAAGAAUUUCUUUGCUAAUCAUCCUAUUUAUUCUUCCAUUCCUGGAGAUAUAUUUGGUACUUAAGUCCUUACAGGUAAAUUAACUAGAAUUCUCUAUCGAAGAAUUAGAAGUUUCUUACCUACAUUAAUGUAAGAAAUCAAUUAGAGAAUUUCUAAAGUCUAGAGUCGUCUUGAUGUUCUAGGACCAGGGUUGCCUGUUGAGGAUUCUGUAAUUUUAUUAUAUAACAUUAUUAUAGGAUAAAUUACAUUUCAUUUGGUAACUUAUACAUGAAUUCUCUGUUCGUUUUAGAAAUUCUAUAUCAGGAUAAUAUGAAAAACAAAGAGUUAAUUACAAAUCAUUACAAGUACCAGCUGGAUCAUCAAUUAAAUUACUUUUCAAAGAUUUAUAUGAUGAUUAUAGUCAAUUAGAUUAUUGUGCUCUUAAGAAAUUUAAGGAUGAUGAUAUUCUUUAAGUCAUUUAAAAAUAUUAAGCAUAAUCUAUACCAGGCUUUUUACCUGUUGAUGCAUUUUAUGCACUUUUGAAUCCAGAAUUAAAAAAAUUAUAUUCACCUGCUUAUGAAACUCUGGAAUAAGCCUUUUAAAUACUAGAAUAAUAUGCUACCAUUAUUUUAGAAAGUUAAUUAUAAUAGUAUUUCUUAUUCUAUAUAUUAGAUUACCCUCUGUUUAUAAAAUGCUCUCUUAAUAAAUUAUGGAUGUCAUUCAUGAAUGCAAAAAAAAUGCAUAUAAUUCCAUUACUGAUAUCCUUGAUGCUGAACAAAACUAUAUAUUCACUAAUGAUUUCAAUUAUCUAAGUGGCAAACCUUUUAUUAAAUUUGGUAAAGAAUCUAAGGCAGACCAACAAAAAGGAAAUCCUAUGGUUCUAGAAUUAAGAACUAAAAUAGAACAUUAUUUCAAAUUAGUUGUUAGAGCCACUAGAGACAACAUUCCAAAACUUAUUGGAUACUUUUUAGUCAAAGGAUGUUAAGUAAUUUAUUUUUUCAUAAUAUAGAAUUAAAUGUUAAGAUAAUUGUAGUCAAACUUAAUGGAAAAUCAAAGCAUCAUCUCUAUACUAACUGAAGAUUAAAAUGUUGUUGAUGAAAGAAAAAAACUCAAUAGAGAAAUUGAAACAUUCAAAAAUGCUUAAAAAAUCAUUAAAAGAGAUCCUGAGUAUAUAUUAACAUUUAUUAUUAAUUAGCCUUUCAGAAUAUAUUUUAUCUGUUUCUGAAGAAUAAGAAGAUUAAUAAUUUAUCUAAAAAUAAAAAUAAUAAUCAACUGAUAUUGUUACUUAAUAGCCUAAACCAUAAGUAUAAUCUAUAAAAUAUAUUAUAGUAAUAAUAAUAAUAAUAAUAAUAAUAAUAAUAAUAAGUUUAAAUAAAUAAUAAUUAAACUAAUAAAUUAUAGAUAAAUAAUCCUUAAAUAUCAGUCUAAAAAACUGAUGUAGGUAAAGUUUAAGAACUACCUCCUUAAAGGCCAAAUAACCCUGUUGUAAGUAAAACUACAACUUAAUUACCUGAUUCAACUAGACAAUAACCAAUCCCAACAUAACCUUAGUAGAGAUAACCUUAACCUUAAACUUAAAAUAACUAAUAACUAAUAAAAUUAAUAAGCUUAAUAUCCAUUGAAUAAUAAUAAUAGACAAACUGGGAAUGCUCAACCUGUUACUUAAUAACCAGCUCCUCCUCCUCCUGUAAUUUAUUAACUUUUUAUUCUAGGCUUAAUAAUAAUCAUAACCAUAAGCUUAAUAACCACAACCAGAAAAAAAAGGUUUAUUUGGCUUUAUAAAAAAAUGA